AUGAUCUCACAAAAGCUUAAGAUAUUUCAACAUACUGCAACCAUAUAUAUACUCCAAAUACUUUUCAAUCGGUUUUCUAGUUCAAUUGGUCGUGCUCAACGAUGUGCACAAGUGAACGAAGUUCUGAAUCCUCGAUUGAGGCAUUUACCUCCAAUUCAACGAUGUCAAGUUCAUCUUCAUUUAAUGUGUUUCGUUGAUGAUUCGUACAUGUGUCUAUGCACUCUUGAGCGACAUGCUAAUUGUUUCAAAUUUCAGCACAUUCUUUCAGUGUGUCAACAUACGACGUAUUGUUUGAAUGGAGCACAAUGUUUAAGUGAUGGUUCGAUGUGUCCAUUGGCAACGUUUUGCAAUUGUACGGAUUGUUUCUUUGGUGAUCGUUGUCAGUUUUAUGCAAAAGGUAUUGGACUGACACGUGAUGAUAUUUUACAAAUGCAACGAUGA